AUGUCUUACUACGUUGGCGCAGAGCCGAAAAAUCCGGUUCAGUGCGAAAAGUUCUGGCGCAAUCGCAUCGAUGCAGAGGAGGGAGCAGCUGUUCGGGCCACUGCGAACUCUACGAUGAGCGAGGGCAGCUGCCCGGUUAGCUGGCGGAGAAUACCUAGGACGCCGCUUGCACGCCUCGCCACCGGAGAGUCCAGGCAAUCUGGGAGCGUGCUGGCAUGCAGAGGACAAGAGAUCUUAACUGCUCGAGGCGAACCUGAGCUUGUCGAGUCUGAGCUGAAGGGAAGCCGAAUUGGCUGUAGCCAAAAACGCAUUGGUACCGCUUGCUCCGGCAUCUCAGCGAGAAGUUCAGUUUCCGGAAUGUCCUGCCGCUCCACAGUGCUGUCUGUAGAACUUGAGAUCGAGCGGGAGCGGCGGCAGGCCGCAGAGCAGGAACUCGAAGAACUGCGAAGAAAGCUGGACAGCAUGAACGCUGUUUCCAGCUGCGGGUCCCUUGGACGUGCCACGCAACCAGAGUCAUCAAGCACGAGCAAGAGCCGACGUUCCAGAUGCUAG